AAUACAUGAUUCGUGUUAAUUGAAAUCGAAUGCAAGUUUCAUUUAGCUGUUAUUUAAAAGAGUAAAAGGUAUUCUCUUUUAAAAAUUGCAAUCAGUAUUAAAUCGAUAUAAACUAUAACGUGUGAUAUCGAUAGCACGAACUCCAAUCACAACACGUCAAAUUGUUUGCUGUUUCUCGGAGAUGUUUCUUAAACCAUACAAAUUGCGGAGUAAUGCUCCAUUAAAAGGCUCAGAAUCGAAAAAGUUACGACAGCGUUUGGAAAAGUCAUUUCCUGAUACAACAUCUGAGCAACUCAAUUUACUUAUACCUUCAAAGGGCGCUGUAACUCAGCUUAAAUUGACAACACAUGGCGGUACACAAACAAACGUUUUCUGCGUGGACAAAUUGCCCAUGUUCUUCGAACUGGAAUCUGGUGAUUUGGCACCAACUUUAUAUGCAUUAUGGCUAGUGCCAAACUUACUGCCAUAUUAUACUACGUUUCGUGAGGUAUUGCCUAAACUUUCCAAUGGCGCUGAUCUUAUGUUGCCUGGUGUUGUACCGGUGGGCACAGGUAUGAAUAUGUAUGGUCGGCAUCGUCAAGGCCAGUUAAUGGCUGUGAAUUUGGUUUCAAAUCACUCAGCAGUAGCAAUAGGUUAUCUACCACGAUCAUCGGAUGAUUUGUAUAUGUGUGGUCGUCAAGGUGUUGCUGUGAAAAUGUUGCAUAUAUUCGGCGAUAAGUUGUGGGGGCACGAACCAACGCUGGUACAACAAGUACCUUUGAAAAAAACUACGCCAUUGACAAAAGAUGAUUUCCCAGAGCUUGGAGCUAAGAUUGAUAGUCAGAAAAAAGAAGUAAAUGCAAAGUUGACUUUGGCCGAUAUCGUUGCUGCGACAAGUUCGCCAGAUACAACCGUCGUAGAUUCAACAAUACCAAAUGUGGAGAAAUUGGAAAUAUCCGAAAGUGUGAGCCAUGAAGGAGACAAUAAAAAUUCUUUAGAGGGAAACAGCGAAAGUAAUUGUAAUGACGAAUCCGAAGAAGCAGAAAUUACACCAGACUCUCAACUUAAAAAUGCUUUCUUGGCGGCGCUAAAAAAUAAUGGUAAAAACUUGCACUUGCCGCUAUUGACCAGUAACUUUUAUCGACUAUAUGUUGUGCCUGAAGCACCGCAACCUAUCGAUUUAAAGAAAACGAAGUAUAAGAAACUUUCGAAUUUCCUCAAUGAAAUGAUUGAUCAGGGAUUCAUAGUGGUGCGCGAGGAAUCAAAGGGUGUUGAUAAGAUAACUUCUAUAGAUUUGGAGCAUCCCGAAAUCAUCAACUUCAUAACAGAUUUCAAGCCCCCAAAACAGUCAAUAGAAGGUGAAGCACAAGAUCAACCACUGUUUCGGUCCGAGUUGACAGAGACUUAUAUUGUAACUGAUGAAACAGCUCCUUUCUUUGCCAAAAUGAAUUAUAAACGCGGUGAAGGUAUACCAACAGCACAAAUAAAAAAAAUUGUACGUGAAUACAUAAGCAAACAGAAUCUACCCAAAGCUGAUGCUACAGGCUCUACCAUACAGUUAGACGAAACGCUGGAAAAACUAUGUAACCUCAAGAUAGCUUCCGUUAGCCAAAUUUGUUCGACUAUAACCAGCAAAAUGGAAUAUAGUUACCAAAUGUGUGAACUCAAAGGUGUAGCGUCCAACAAACCUCUUAUACAAAUGUCGCUUGCCACACGAUCGGGGAAUAAAAAAGUGACGCUCAUCAGCAAUAUCGAGUGCUAUGGCAUUAUCGUGCCAGAAUUUAUAAAAUUGUGCAAACAAGGUGCUGCAGCCAGCACCACAGUCGUAAAGCUCCCCCAUCAAAAAGCAGAGCAGCUACAGAUUCAAGGAAACCAAGUUCGUUUUGUUUACAACUUACUGACGGAAACUUACAAAGUACCACCAAAAUGUAUUUUAGGGUUAGAACUUGCGAAGGAUGGUAAAAAACAUAAAAAGAAAUAAAAUUAAUAA